AUGCUUAUUCCGGUGUACUUGGCAGCAUGUAUUGUCGCCACUGUGCUAGCAUACGAUGAGUCUCUCUACUUGAAACCAUUGCCACGCAAUAAGCUUAUGGCAUCUUGGGAAUUCGAAGUUGAAUCACUCCCAAGUGCUUUACAAUACUAUACUGAAGAGGAAGGGCUUGGUCAAUCAAAAGUGGAAACUUCCCAUUAUAAGUACUUUCCAAGGGCAUUGGGACCCAUCAUACAGUCCACUAACACGCGUGAAUUGCAUCUUCGUUUCACACAAGGUUGGUGGGAUCUGGACGCCUGGGGCACCCUUCCUGCCAACGGGACUCGAAGUGGAGGUACUGGGGUAGAAGUAUGGGCAGUUAUUGAAGCUCCAGACGUCUCUGGUGCCAGAAAGUCAUGGAACAAGUUGGCCAACUCGCUCUCGGGAUUCUUUUGUGCCUCUUUGAAUUUCAUUGAUGAUUCCAUUACUACUUUCCCCAAACAUGCAUCAGAAUCAAAAGCUCAAGAUGAUGUACGAUACUUACUGAGUGAUUCCAACAAGUUGUACUUUCUUAGAGCAUCCUUGCCCAGUGAACCUAUCUGUACUGAAAAUUUGACUCCUUUCUUGAAAUUACUCCCCACUAGAGGGAAAUCAGGAGUUUCUUCAUUAUUGGAAGGUCAUAAAGUAUUUGAUUCUCUUUGGCAUGGUAUGUCUAUUGACGUGACUUCUGUCUGUGAUGAUGAAAAUGAAUCAACCUGUCAUUUAUCAAUGCAUCAAUCGGUAAAUUCUGUUAUCGAUCUCAUUCGCUCCAUUAGAAAAAGAACUUCUGGUGGUAUCCCUAAGCCAGUCCCUGGUGAUGAUUUGAGAUGUGACCCUUCAAAGCCACAUAAUGCAUGGCAAUGUUUCCCCCUUGGUGAUCCAACAGACUUGACAUGGUCGUUAGAUUCUAUCUUGGGUAGAAAGAUUGUUGGUCCAGCAUUUACUGGAGAUUCCGAAUCAUCUAAAGUAUACAUUGAUAUUAAUCCUGAAUUUUAUAAUGUGAGUGUUAUUAAAAGUCAACAAAAUGGUUGGAGUGUGGAAAAAUUGUCUCCUCCAAGUGAUGGUUCAAAUAUUAUUUCUUAUAAUAUUUCUGACUCCGUUGCGCAUGACAUCAAAUUUGAGACAACUGAUUCAACCAUGACUUCUCCUAUCAAUGAACCACCUCUUAAAGUAUCAAGAUCUCUCACAGGUUAUUCGCAAGAUCAAGGUGGAUUCCGUGUAUCCUUCACCAACCCUUCGACUGAAAAGAUCGAAUUUGUCUACUACGAAGUUCUUCCGUGGUAUAUGAGACUUUAUUUCAAUACUCUUUCCAUGGUCAUCACCAAUAAUGGACCAGUUGAAAGUCAAGGUCAAGGAUCUGGUCAAGAGUCUGAUUACAUUAAAAAUAGAUAUUAUAAGCCAGCUAUAGAUAGACAACGACCAUCUCAUCUAGAACUUACCAUUGAAUUGCCUCCUCAAACUUCAAUGACUCUUACUUAUCAAUUUGAUAAGUCAUUGUUAUUAUACGCUGAAUAUCCUCCAGAUGCUAACCAUGGAUUUACUGUGGAACCGGCUGUGGUUACAGUUUUAGGAGGUCAAGAUAAAAAGAGUGUUUAUGAGCUUCGUACUACCAGUUUGUUAGUGACACUCCCAACUCCUGAUUUCUCCAUGCCUUACAAUGUUAUUAUUUUAACUAGUACAGUGAUGGCCUUAGCCUUUGGUUCUGUAUUUAACUUACUUAUUCGUAAGGUUGUUACCGAAGAAGAGCUGGAAACAUUAGCAUCACAAUCCAAAUUUGCUGUAAUUGCUGCUGCAAUCAAAAGAAAGAUUGUUAGAAAGUAA